UAAUCCGAAAAUACGUCACUUUUUUGUAACUCAAAAUCACUAUGGAGUUAUUUUAAAAUAUUUUUUUUGUUUCUACAUACUGGUUUAUUAUUAUUAUUAUUAUCAAAAUGGGUUUAUUUGGAAAAACACCCGUAAAAGACCCAAAAGAGCAGGUGCGUGAAUGGUCUGCUGGAAUGAGAAAAGAGGGUAGAAGUCUUGAUAGGACAAUAAGAACUAUAAAGUUGGAAGAAGCAAAGGUUCAAAGAUCAAUUAAAGAUGCAGCUAAAAAGGGCCAAAAAGAUGUAUGUUAUAUAUUAGCUAAAGAAAUCAUUAAUUCAAGAAAGGCUGUUAAUAAACUAUAUUCAGCAAAAGCACAAUUGAACUCUAUUGAAAUGCAAAUGAAUAAUCAGUUAGCUAUGCUGCGUGUUUCUGGUUCACUUUCUAAAAGUACAGAAGUAAUGCAAAGCAUGCAAGCAUUAAUGAAAAUACCUGAGCUUCAAGCUACUAUGAUGGAGUUCUCAAAGGAAAUGACAAAAGCUGGCUUAAUAGAGGAGAUGCUUGAAGAUACUUUCAGUGGAAUGGAAGAUCAAGAUGAACUGGAAGAUGAAGCUCAAGAAGAAGUUGAAAAAAUUCUUUUUGAAGUCACAAAAGGUGUGUUAGGCCAGGCUGGACCUGUUGCCACUGGCAGUUUGAAGGUUGCAGGUCCAAGUGUUGAAUCUGAUGAUACGGAAGAGCUUAAGGAUAUGCAAGCCAGAUUAGAAUCGUUACGAAGUUGAUGUUAUGAGUAGAUUCCUUUGUAAAUCCUUGUUUUAUAUAUAAGUAAAUAAAUCCUUGUUUUAUAUAUAAGUAAA